AUGACCAGAAGAAAGGCGUACGUCAGAGCCGCUCCGGCCGAAGCUCCCAGACACCGGCCCGAGACUAACGUCACCUUUCCGGCCGGGACAUCCGAACAAACCGAGCAUGACGAUGCGCUCGUGAUAUCGGCCAGAAUAGCCAAUGCGCAAGUAAGAAGAAUCAUGGUCGAUACCGGGAGCUCGGCCGACAUACUCUACUUCGACGCCUUCCAAAAGCUCGGCUUAUCCAGAGAUAACAUGAAGCCGAUACUCUCGGCACUCACCGGAUUCACCGGUGAUUCAAUCUCGCCGCUAGGGGCGAUCACUUUACCCUUGACCCUGGGAGCCCCACCGAGGUCGAAGACGGUGAUGACCACCUUCCUGGUAAUCGACCUCCCCACUGCAUACAACGCCAUUCUCGGCCGGCCGACCCUCAACAAAAUCAUAGCUGUCGUCUCAACCUACUACCAAACUGUGAAGUUCCUGACCCACGCCGGGACCGGAGAGGUCGCAGGAAGUCCCCGAGAAUCCAGGCGCUGCUACCUGACCGCCGUUUCGUUACACAAGAGGGCCAGGAUCGAACCACCGUUGGCGGACCCCUGGGAGACGAAGAAGCCAGCCCCCCAUCCUGAGCCGAGGGGGUCCACCAUCGACGUACCGCUGCUAGAGGAUCAGCCGAAGUAG